AAGCCGGUUUUUGGCUCCCAGCGUUGAUGGAUCACUAAUUUCCGGCGAGCAAACUAAACCCUAGUUUAUCCCAGGCCCGUCUCAGGCUACGCCCAUACCCUUCUCUCUCUUUAUCUCUCCUCUCUUACUUUCUCUCUCUACAACCAACCAUCAGAUCGGCGAUAAUCUUUAUCUCCGGCGGAUAUAGAUACGGCUUUGAUGAUGGAAGACGACGAAGAGGUGCAGUCGCAGGCUUCGGAAGGGACAGGAUCUCCUGGUUCUCCUCGAUCCAACGGGAGGAUAACGGUGACGGUCGCCGCCGCUCCUCCACCUCAGAACACAAAUACCUUGACCUUGGCUUUACCCAUACAACAGCAGUCGAAGACCUCCGGAGGAGGCGGCGGCGGCGGCGGAGGAGGAGGCGGCGGCAGAGAGGAUUGCUGGAGCGAAGGUGCUACGGCGGUGCUAAUUGAAGCCUGGGGUGAAAGGUACCUGGAGCUGAGUAGGGGAAAUUUGAAACAGCAGCACUGGAAAGAUGUUGCAGACAUUGUUAGCAGCCGUGAAGAUUAUUCCAAACCCCCAAAAACUGAUAUUCAGUGUAAGAAUAGGAUCGACACCGUGAAGAAGAAGUACAAGCUUGAGAAGGCGAAGAUCGCGGCUGGCCAAGGGCCCAGCAGGUGGACAUUCUUCGAGAAGCUGGAACACUUGAUUGGCCCAACAGCUAAGGGCAACAAUACCAGCGGCAGCGGUGGCUUUGCUGGACCUUCCGCGAGUAACCAGAAGGUUCCUAUGGGUAUACCUAUGGGAGCUAGAUCGGCUCCUCAGCUCCGGCAACACCAGCCGCCAUUGCAGAUGCAGCAGAAGCAUAAACAGGCAUUUCGGAGAAGGCCUCCUAUCGAUUCAGACACGUCUGAGUCAGAGCCGGAGCCUUCCCCUGAUUCAACUGAUAGCUCUCCACCUCCCACUUAUGAGAAAAAGCGGCCAAGGAUUCAGCAGAGGGAGCUGAUGAAUUCCAGUGUAGUUAGACACGCAAUGCCUAGAGGAAGAGACGGUGGCGCCGCCAACGCAAGCGGCAGCGAGAGAGAUAGGAAUUGGGCGAAUUCAGUGAGAGAGUUGACUCAAGCAAUUCUGAAAUUCGGAGAAGCUUACGAGCAAGCAGAGAAUGCAAAGCUGCAGCAGAUGGUGGAGAUGGAAAAGCAGAGAAUGAAGUUUGCAAAGGAGCUGGAGUUGCAGAGAAUGCAGUUCUUUAUGAAAACACAGUUGGAGCUGUCACAAUUGAAGAAUAGGAGGGUUGGGAGCAGUAAUCACCAUAGCAAUAACACCACCACCACAGCCACCAACAAUAACAACAACAACAACAACAACAGCUUUAGCAGUAACUAGGAAGCUUUUUAAAUUAGGUUGGUUAGUGUGCAUUUUAGGCAAAUGACUAAUGCUCAUGUUUCUUUUACUCAUUAUGAAUGUUCAUGUUGUUGAAUAGAAAUCUGUAGGAUCAUUUUAGUUUGGCAGAUCUAUGGUCAAUGCUGAACAUUGUUGUAUCAUUAUUUUACUUGUGAAACUGCAACUCGUGUAGAAUGAUGAGAAAAAAUUGUAGUUCCUUAGUGAUCAAGUGAAAUUUAGUACUUUCACCAUGCUUUCUACUGUA